UCAGAUUUUCAUCGAAUUUCCUGCCUCUUUGUUACUGACAUCAAUGUUCCGGAAAUUGUUGAUUUUCGCGAUAAUGUCACGUUAUCCUGCAGUUAUGAUAUGAGCGGACAUACGUUGAAUUCCGUAAAAUGGUACAAGGAUAAGCAGGAAUUUUUCAGAUACUCGCCAAUGAUGCAUCCGGUGUAUAUGAAAUUUCCCGUCGCUGGCGUUCAAGUGCAAGAUGGCAAGUACUUCUGCAACGAAUCGACGUGUCGGGUGGAUUUAAGUUUAGUCGGCGCUAAAUCAACGGGCACAUACGAAUGCGAGGUAUCUGGCGAUGCGCCACACUUCAAGUUGGCUGCAAAAGGAGACAACAUGACCGUAGCAGCGCUGCCUCAGAGUGACCCGCUGAUCGACAGCUUCAAUUCAAUGUACCGCAUGGAGGAACUGUUGAGCGCCACCUGCACCUCGGACUAUUCAAGCUUGCCCACGCGACUGACAUGGUUCAUCAACGCCGAACAGGCUUCGCUGGGCGAACUGCAACCCAGCAUUGACACCAGCAUUCCGGCGCACGAUUAUGUCCUGCGACGCCAAAAGCUUCAGGUGCGCUUUUAUUUGAGCGGACCACGCUUCUAUCAUGCUGGAAAAAAUCUGGAAUUGAAGUGCGUGGCGGAAAUUGAAAAUUUCCCGGAACUGAAGCGUGAAACUUCAUUGACUGCGGCAAUCACACACUACGACAAUUUGAACAAUCAGAUGCUGAUACAUGCCGGCAGUGGAGCGAGUGGUGCUGCGCCCGGCAUUCAUCAACACAUUUGUGCUAGUAAAGUUAUCCUCAUUUUGUUCGUGAUAUGUUUAAUGUUUAGCAGCAUGCUACUCUCUUUAUGAUCUGCCUGCGAUAUAUUUGCAACCAGCAAACCACAGAAAAUCACCAAGAGACGGCAAAUGGAACCAGCGAAGCCAACAACAACUCUUUCGAUUUGGCAACAGAGCCAAGCAUCGACGAGAGCAACCAUGACUGCGUCCACUAUAUCACAUUAGUUAGUUAGAUGUAACCAAUUAUGAUGUAAAUACAAUGAAAAAACGAAGAAAGGUAACCUAUAAAAACACAAACUACUAAACAUAAUAUAAAUUUAAAUUAAAAAUCACCAAAACUGAUGAAAGACGCUGGAAAAAAUAUACCUAAGUAAGCAGAUUAUAUAACGGAAAUGAUAAGGAAGUGAUGUGCAUUUAAUUAUGAUUAUUAACUCAUUGUGGAUGUUUAUUAUUUUAAUAAAAAUCAAUGAUACGCGUACCUUAGUAUAAGUUCUCAAAGGUUGAGUGGUAUUAAGUUGAACGCCGACUUUAGUUAGAAAGCGCUUACUUAGUUACCCAACGCAUGUGUGCACUCAAAGUGCGCCUGCGCCAUGCCAGUGCAUUAAUAAUAAUCGAAAUUAAUUUAAAAGUAAGUUUUUACACUUGCUUUGCAGCGGAUUUGUGAAUAUUUUACUUAAGAUUUCCACCCACUCUGGGGAACACGAAUGCAUUCAGGUAAGGCAGCACCACUAAGAUAUUGACUAUUGUACUUAGUCGUCAAAUAAACCAAUAUAUGUAUGCAACUACACACUCAAGAAAAUUUAUAAACCCAUACUCACAUACAUACACGCAUAUAUAUUUUUCUAAAAGCAAUAAUUAUUGUAAUUCUUAAGUAAGUAAAUGUAUAUAAAUUACUGAGGUUUGAUAAUAUAAUAUCUAUUUUCUCUUAUUUUUUUUUUAAUUUUUAACAUAUCUUAAUUUCAAGGGUCCGAUAAAUAUAUAACCAACAAAUAAAAAAUAUUAAAAAAAUUCAAUUUAUUCCUCUUUUAGUUCUGUGAACUUUGUACAGCAUAUGAAAAGUACGUCUUCUAGAUUUUUGCCAAAUAUGCUAGGCCUUCGAGGAAGAAAUAUUCGAGCGAGUUUUUUCAAAACAAAGAAAACAGAGAUUGGGCAGCUGUUCGGAGCCCACCAAUUCAACCAAUUAUGGUAUAAGUCGUUGAGGUAUCAUAACGAAAAAGCUCCUUUCCUCGCCGAAUGAAUCCGAUUUUUUCAUUAAUUCAGCUUAGAAUUGGUCAAAAUAUCAAAAUUUGUAGCUCUGUGAUAGUGUUGUUUUUUAUUCAGAUAAUCAAUACAGAUAACAUAUUGUGAAUCCCAGAAUCGGUGACCAUCACUUUUCGCGCUGUUCACUGCUUCGAAUGUUCUUUGGUCUCUGAUAUAUAUGCAUCAGUGGAACCAUUCAGACCUUCCAUUGGAUUUUGCUUAAAUAACUUCAAACACAGCUGAAAAGUCGUUUCACGCUUAUCUAACAAGAACCAUAUGUAAGUGUCUGCAUUCUCCCUGCAUGGUCGAGAUAUUGUUGUUGUUGUUGUAACGGUUAUCUAAACCCCGUUAGGGUGGUAAGGUUCAGAUAAGUUGUCAUCGAGGUCAUCGAACGGUAGGCCCACGAAACGUGGUGUUUCGACGGAGCCGGACCAUAGGAAGAAAAAUGUCAGAUGUGCGGGCUGAGCUGGGUUAAUUUCAUGCAGGAACUCGUUGCUGGCGUUAAGUAAGAGUUUCAUCUGUUACAGUUUCCAGAACAAAGUUGGGCAAGGGUAAAAUUCCCACAAAAGCCAGUUCUACAUUACCCGAGAGUUUGUCCUCACUGGGCAACGCCUUGCAGCAGUGUUGCUCCGUAUUCACUUGACUGUUGGCAUUGAGUUCAACCCGGGCCCGAACGAAUUUUUCUGCUAAGUAUGCUCUGUAUAUAACAAACAUUUGUUUUGAAAAUUAUGUCGAAAAUUAUAGUAAAAUUUUCAUUCAGAAAUCCGAUAUUCCAAGUUUCGAUCAAAGGUUUUUCAAUCUAAGCUUUAUAGACAUUAAAAAAAAUCACCUUUGCACUCUUAAAUUUAAUUGGAAAAAUGGACUUUAAUUAAUGAUAUCACUUCUUUGAGGAUGUUCCUUAAUUUGUUUGGAAUAUUUGAAAGGUUAUAUUUUGUAGAAAAAUUAAAAUUAUUUUUUUGUAGCUUUCCUAAUUUAUUAAUCAUAUCUAUUUAAUUCAGAAUUAUAAUAGUAUGUUCUAUAUCAUGUCAUUUUGCAUAUGUAUAUACAUAUAAACAUUUUUAUUUUAUAAUUUAACACAGAAUCAUAAUUCUCUAAAUAUUUUAAAUCAAAGCAUAUAAUGCAUUUCUUCAAACGUUAACAAAUGUUGCCCAAUAUUUAGACUUAAAACCAAAUUCUAUAUUCGUGUUUAAUUAUGCACCGAAAAUUUCACAAAAUGUAUACUCACCCAUACAUACACAAAUUCACCGUAUUAAUGUAAAUUUCAUAAGCAAAAUAUAAAAACAAAAUAAUUUUGCACCAGAAAUUAAAAAGUUUAAUAGUUUGUGAAACUAGAAAAAAAAAAAACAAAAUGUGGGUUAGAUAGAAAACUCUGUAGUUGAAAACUGCUUUGCUGACAACACUUGACAUAAUUCACGUUCUGUAUAAUAACAAAUAUAAUUUGAGCCGAAAUAGCAGAUUUAUUUUUUAUAUUCCCGUGCUAAACUGAAGCAUGCUUUUAGGGACAUAAAUUGAAGUAAAAUAAUUUUCUUACCUUGAAGACAUAUAAAAUAAUUCAGUUGAAUAUUUCCUUAUAAAUAUAAACAAAAGAUUAUAUUUACUUCAGUCUUAAUGUCGUUGAAAAGGGUUUUCUAUCCAAUCACAUCCAAAAAUUAAAUAAAAUAUGUAAAAUUAACUUUAAAAUUUAAAAAUUCUGGUUCGACAACGAACUGUUGUAAAUAUAAAAUUUUAAAAGUAUAAAAUUAGAAGUACUUUAAUUUAUAAGUAAAUGGUAAAAUAUAAUGACAAGAAGACACACUCUACCAAUGUUAACUUAUGGCAAUGAAAUGUUGAAAUGAAUUUUAGGCAACAUAAAACUGAAAGAAACGCAAAAAAUUUAUCAGUGGUGCAAUUAUACAUAUUUAAAAAUAGAACGAAAAAAUUAAGGAAAUAAAUACAAAGUUUACCAAAUAAAAACUAAGAUACUAAAAAAUUCAUGAAACUGAAAAAUACCAAAUCUGUAAAAUAAUCUUUAGGCUAAUAAAUCUAAGCUAUAAGAAAAGUGAAAAUGAAUUAAAUUCAAACACAAAAUGCCAAACGUACUAAAUGAAAUAAAAAUCCACAGUUUCGAGAGCCUCAUAUAACAAAUGAAAUAACGCAAAGGUAGGAAAAAUAAACUCGACAAGAGCAGUGCAAAUGAUGGCGAUUAAAGCUGCGGUGGGCUGUUUGCCUCAUUAAGACAUGUGGAUAUAACUAAUUAAGUGAAAAACGAAACACAUAAUUAUAGUUAUAAGAUUAUUGUUAAAUGUUCUUUUUCUUUAAAGUAUUAUUCACUUUUAAUUUUGUUUAUAUUUUUU